UAUGAAUAAUGAUAGAGAAUAAUUGCUCAUUAGUUUAGUAUAUAAUUUAUGGAAAAAAUAAUAUAUCAAACGUAGAUAUUAUUUAUUUGACACGUCUUGAACACCAAGUGCGCAACUGCAAAUGAAGCGAUCAAGAAUUCUUCAAGUGGGGAUAAUUACCAAAAAUACACACUCAAUAUGUUGUUACAUAUGAAAGUUGGUAUUGCUGGAAGUAUUCUCUUCUUCUUGGGGUUCUUAUUAUUCAGCGCCUUUCCACCAUUUCUUAAAAGCCAAGUCAAAAAGGCAGUACGACUAAAAAAAGGAGAAGAUAUAAGAGAUAUGUGGGAAAAAACACCUUUUCCAUUAGACUUUAGAAUUUAUUUAUUCAAUAUUACAAAUGCUGAUCAAAUCAAGACUGGAGCUAAACCCAUUGUCCAAGAAGUUGGUCCAUUUUUUUAUGAUGAGUGGAAAGAAAAGGUAGAUUGUGAUGAUAAUGAUGCUGAUGAUACAGUAGAAUACAGUAACAAAGCCACAUGGAUUUUUAAUCCUGGUAAAAGUGCUCCAGGUCUUACUGAAGAUGUUGAAUUAGUCUUACCUCAUAUAAUGAUUCUUGGAAUGAUAUUGACUACUGUGAGAGAAAAACCUGGAAUGGUUGGUCUAGCAGCCAAAGCAAUAGACAGCAUUUUUCAUAAACCUGAUUCUAUAUUCAUCAAAACAACAGCACGUCAAAUUCUUUGGGACGGUUUGCCUGUUGAUUGUUCGGUCAAAGAUUUUGCAGGCAGUGCAGUCUGUUCACUUUUACGUGAAGAUGAUAGUGCAUUAAUCAAGGAUGGUGAAAAUUACAGAUUUGCACUAUUUGGUCAUAAAAAUGGAACGGUUAUUCCUGAUCGGAUAAAAGUCAAACGUGGAAUAAAAAAUUACUUGGACGUUGGAGUUGUCACUGAAUUUAAGGGGGAACCAAAACUGAGUGUUUGGUCUGAAGAAGGAACUUGUAAUGAAUUUAAUGGUACUGAUUCCACCAUAUUUCAUGCUUAUCUUUAUUCAAAUGAAGAUGUCGUGUCUUUUACUCCUGAUUUGUGCCGGAGUCUUAGCACAAGAUAUCAAAGGCCUACAAAAAUUAAAGGAAUUAAAACCAAUCGAUAUUCGGCUGAUUUGGGAGAUAUGAGUAGUGACCCAGAGAUCAAAUGUUUAUGUCCAGCACCUGAUAAGUGUUUGAAAAAAGGAUUAUUUGAUCUUUAUCCUUGUAUUAAAGCUCCUAUUAUUGCUACAUUACCACAUUUUUAUCUCACGGCUGAAGAAUACCUCACUCAAGUUGACGGUCUUAAUCCUAUGGAGGAAAAACAUCAAAUUUUUCUGGAUUUUGAACCAAUAACUGCAACUCCUCUUGCUGCUGGAAAAAGAUUACAGUUCAAUAUGAUGAUAUUUCCAAUAGAAAAAUUCAAGCUUAUGAAGACAUUCCCUACUGCUCUUUUACCGUUGUUUUGGGUGGAAGAAGGUCUUGUUCUUGGUGAUGAAUAUGUUAAACAGUUGAAGGGUGUAUUCAAAGUGUUCACAAUAAUAAAGAUCAUGAAGUAUUUGUUUUUGACUCUCGGCGUAGGAUUAUGUGGGGCAGCCGGUGGUUUAUAUUAUAAAUUCCAACAAUCAGCACAAAAGCUUGAUAUUACAAAAAUUACGCCAAAAGCUGCACCAAAUACUAAUGGACAAGAAAAGAAAUGGCCAACAUCGGUUAGCACUAUUCAAACACCAACUGCUCCUCCAACAGUUGAUGCUUAAACGUAUCAAAGAAUGGAUGAAUUAAAUCAAUUUUUAUUUUUUAGAGGUUCAAUUCAUUUUUAAAGGGUUAGAAUAAAUUAAAAGUUUAAUUGAUUUUAACUAUGACUUAAUCAUAAUAACAAAAUCAAUUGAGCUGGACUUGAUAAUUUAGUAAAUUAAUAUUUUUAUUUCAAUCAUUUGUUUAUCAAUAAAAUAUUGCAAUUUAAAAGUUAUAAAUAACUAGAAUAAUAUCAAUUAUAAAUGUAUAAAAAAUCGAAAAAGA